GAAUAUCAGGGAAUACUGGAACAGGAAAAGGAGAAUGCUAUUCCUACAGGCAAUCCUGAGGAGGAUACUUAAAGAUGAUGGCCCUUACUCUAAAGGGAACAAGGAGUCAACAGGACCUGACAAUUCCCUCACCUCCAGAAGACAGAGUAUCCCAGAAGAGCUGAGGGGGGUGACACUGGUGGAGCUUAUCAAGAAGGAGGGUAGCACUCUGGGCCUCACCAUCUCAGGAGGAACAGACAAGGAUGGAAAGCCUCGCGUCUCCAACCUGCGACCGGGUGGCUUGGCAGCCAGGAGUGACCAGCUGAAUGUGGGGGACUACAUAAAGUCUGUGAACGGCAUCAACCUGACCAAGUUGCGCCAUGAUGAGAUCAUCAGCCUGCUGAAGAAUGUGGGCGAGCGUGUGGUCCUGGAAGUGGAGUAUGAGCUGCCCCCAGCUGCCCCAGACAGUACCUCAGGUGUUAUAUCUAAGACAAUCGAGAUAUGUUUGCACAAAGAAGGCAACAGCUUUGGCUUUGUCUUGCGGGGAGGUUCUCAUGAAGACUGGCACAAAACUCGGCCAUUAGUGGUUACAUAUGUACGACCCGGAGGCCCUUCUGACAGGGAGGGCACACUGAAGGCAGGGGACCGGCUCCUAAACGUGGAUGGUGUGCCCUUACACAGCGCCACCCACAGUGAAGCCCUCAGCGUGCUGGCCCAGUGCGGUCAGGAGGCUCUCUUUCAGAUUGAGUAUGACGUGUCCAUUAUGGAUUCUGUAUCAAAUGUCUCUGGCCCUUUGCUGGUAGAGAUAGCCAAGUCACCUGGAGCGAGUCUGGGCAUCACGUUGACCACUGCCACACACAGGAACAAGCAGGUCAUCAUCAUCGACAAGAUCAAAGCCGCCAGCGUGGUAGACAGGUUGGGAGCUCUGCACGUGGGCGACCACAUCCUCUUCAUUGAUGGCACCAGUACAGAACACUGCUCUGUCCUAGAAGCCACCCAGCUGCUUGCCAGCACCUCAGACGUGGCCAAGCUUGAGAUCCUGCCUGCCCAUCAAAUGCGUCUCCCCAGCAAAACCCAGGACACUGUGAAAGUCCAGAAGAGUGACCACUCUCAUUCUUGGGACCCCUGUGUGAACUAUUGCCACUCUAGUCACUGUAAGAACUCCACCUGGACCACCACCUGCAGCAACCCCUCCAGCACUCAUGACUACUGUAAAUCUCUAGUCUCCAGUAAUUUCUCUCCGGGCUCCACGGCGACGUCAGGCACAAGCAACCCGUCUUCGAACACUCUACCCCGCAUGAGCCAUCCCAUGAGCCCUCGCAACUCCCUGCUCAAGAGGAGACAGAGGAAAAAAGAUCAUAAGAGCUCUUCAGCAUCUCUCGCCUCCAGUUCAGUGGGACCAGGAGGCCAGAUAGUGCAUACAGAUUCCAGUGAGGUCACCCUAAGAGGAGAUCCUCUUAAUGGCUUCGGAGUUCAGUUGCAAGGGGGAAUAUUUGCUACUGAGACCCUCUCCACACCCCCAGUCAUCCGUUUUAUAGAGCCCGACAGCUCGGCAGAAAAGUGCGGGUUGUUACAGGUGGGGGACCGGCUUUUGUCAAUCAAUGGAAUUCCCACAGAGGAUGGAACCCUCGAGGAGGCCAAUCAGCUGCUUCGUGACGCUGCUCUGACCAAUAAGGUCACACUUGAGAUUGAAUUUGAUGUAGCAGAGUCUGUAGUGCCAAGCAGUGGUACUUUCCACGUGAAGCUGCCUAAGAAGAAAGGAGUUGAGCUUGGCAUCACUAUCAGUGCCAGUAAAAAGCCAGGUGAACCUCUGAUCAUAUCCGACAUAAAGAAAGGAAGCAUGGCUCACAGAACAGGGACGCUGGAGCCAGGAGACAAGCUGCUGGCUAUAGAUAACAUUCGUCUGGAGGACUGCUCAAUGGAAGAUGCCAUGCAGAUCCUUCGGCAGAGCGAAGACCUGGUGAAGCUCAAGAUCCGUAAGGACGAGGACAACUCCGAUGAACAGGAGACAUCGGGCUCCAUUAUCUACACAGUGGAGUUGAAGCGCUAUGGAGGCCCCUUGGGCAUCACCAUCUCAGGCACUGAGGAGCCCUUUGACCCUAUCGUCAUCUCAGGCCUCACCAAGAGAGGCCUGGCUGAAAGAACUGGGGCUAUUCAUGUUGGAGAUCGAAUCCUGGCUAUCAACCUAGUCAGCCUGAAAGGAAAACGGCUUAGUGAAGCCAUCCACUUAUUGCAAAUGGCUGGUGAGACUGUCACCCUGAAAAUCAAGAAGCAGAUGGACAUGGAGGACAAAAAGAAAAAUAGCGAUGUCGAUAAUGACCUCAGCGAUAAUGAAGACUUGGAAAUGACAGAUUCACAGAAGACCAGUAAGCUGUCUGAGAUGUAUUCAACCACCAUUCCCAGUGUGGACUCUGCCAUGGACUCUUGGGAUGGCUCCGGUACUGAUGCUGGCUAUGGUAGUCAAGUAGGAGCCUAUGUCCAACAGACAGUGGGCAUUGCCUUACAUCCGCACGAGUGGCGUAGUGCCAAGCAGCACAACAGCACACCGCCACCCGUGCGUCAUAAGAACUACACGUUCAGUGAUGGAAGCUGCAGCGAGGAUGACUGGGACAAACCCGCAGGAUACUCCAGACAGGUGCCCACUGAUGGCCUCAUUCUGGAUCAUGAGGACAGCUUUUGGUGCCAAGCCCUGGAGGACCUGGAGACAUGUGGUCAGUCCGAGCUCCUCCGCGAGAUCGAGGCCUCCAUAAUGACAGGCAGUGCUCUGAGUUUGGGAUUGGAGGGAGGGAGGUGCCACGGUGAAGCUGUUGGCCAGCCCGCCGCAAGCCCGUUGAGGAAGAGCGCCCACCUGCACGCCGAGGCUAAGAGCAAGGGCACUCUGCGCAUGUCGGAGAAGACCUGGGAGUCACGGCGGAUCAAGGAGGAGAUGCGAGAGAUCCUGUCACCCACCCCACUGGAGCUACACAAGGUGACUGUAAUGAAGGACCCAGAGAGGGACGACUUUGGCUUCAGCGUAUCAGAUGGAUUCUUGGAGAAAGGCGUGUAUGUAAACAUGAUCAGGCCUGAGGGCCCAGCAGAGCGUGCAGGCCUCAGACCGUAUGACAGGAUCCUUCAGGUCAAUCAUGUGCGGACACGAGACUUUGACUGCUGUUUGGCUGUGCCUCUCCUGACUGAAGCCGGGGACAAACUGGAGCUUGUCAUUAGCAGAAACCCGUUAGCUCAGCCCACCGCCGGUCAGCCAAGUUUGGGUCAGCUCCGUGACUUUUCUCCCGCCACCCCUGUCACCCACAUUCGUGAACACAUGACCAGCACUAUGGAUUUGUGAUAGUACACGCAUGACAGCUAGGAUUUCCCCACACCUCUGAAGGUCACAGCACGAAAACAUCAGAGCACUGCGAUAUCUUGGACUGUGGCCGAUGUGUGAUCAACAAAUACAAUCAACAAGGCUUCUGUUUUCAGUAAAACAUAAGCAAGGACUUGAGCCAGCAUUCUCAAAGGACGGUGGGCUUUGAUCACUGAAAAACAAUACAAGAAGAAGUGUGAAAAAGGAACUUAACCCAGUCUGAUACUUCUGGAGUCGUCUGUUUUUUACAGAAAUAGCUGCUGUUGUUCAGCAGUGUAAAUCAAGAGAAUAGAGCCUGGAUGCAGAUCCCUUUUAAAUCCUUUUUUUUUUUUUACCACAUUGUGAAGGGUGUUGACAUUUGUUUGCCUUUUUGGUUAUGUCUGUUCCCUUUCAGAAAAGAGAACAAAGUAUCUAUGACGUUUUCAUUUAACACUUGUAUUUUUCCACUCUGCUUGGUUGGGCAAGAAUGAAAAAAAAUUGUUGGGUAAGUGCACAGUCUGACCCAACCCUAAAACCAGCAGACACAUGCUUGAUCACAAACACUCUCCAAUUCCCUCCCUCUCUCUCCUUCUCUCUCCCACUCGCUCUCUCUCUCUCUCUC